AUGACGUUCACCAGUGAUGAAAUACAGGAAACUGAGAAGCCUCAGACCAUUCGGCAAACUCUUCAAAGGACACUGCAGUAUUUUGAGCAUCAAGUUAUUGGUUACAGGGAUGCGGAGAAGAACUUUCAUAAUAUAUCAAACAGAUGCUCCUAUACAGACUGCUCUGGCAAUGAAGAAACUGAAGAUGUCUCAGGAAUUCUCCAGUGUACAGCUAAUGUUCUUGGUUUGAAGUUUGAGGAAAUGCAAGAAAAGUUUGGGGAGGAAUUCUUCAAUAUCUGCUUUGAUGAGAAUGAGAGAGUUCUUCGAGCUGUAGGUGGGACCCUUCAAGAGUUCUUCAAUGGCUUUGAUGCUUUGCUGGAGCACAUUAGAACUUCAUUUGGAAGACAGGCCACCCUGGAAUCCCCUUCUUUCCUAUGCAAAGAGCUCCCUGAAGGCAAUCUCAUGCUUCAUUACUUUCACCCACAUCAGAUUGUGGGAUUUGCAAUGAUGGGAAUGAUAAAGGCAGCAGCAAAGAAGAUUUACCGCCUGGAAGUAGAAGUAGAACAGGUCACUAAUGAUAAGUUGUGUUCAGAGGGGACGAACCAAGGUAACUGCGGCUGUCUGACUUUCCUUAUCAAAGAACAUGAAAAUGCAAAUAUCACAAAAGCACUUCCACCAGGAACUUCCCAGUCCCCCUUAGACCUGAGGGUUAGCAUCAGCACCUUCUGCAGAGCUUUCCCCUUUCACCUGAUGUUUGAUCCAAACAUGCUGGUUCUCCAGCUUGGAGAAGGUCUUAGAAAGCAGCUCAGAUGUGACACUCAUAAAACUCUGAAAUUCCAAGACUGCUUCGACAUAGUUUCUCCUAAAAUCAGUGCCACAUUUGAACGAGUUCUCCUGAGAUUAUCUACUCCCUUUGUCAUUCGGACCAAACUUGAGGAUUCUGGCUCUGAAAAUAAAGAUAAG